AUGGGUUUGCAAUCACUAGACCAGGAGAAAUUAAAAAGGCUUUUGAACAAGGUAAAAGAAGCAGAAUCUGGUGGAGUUUCAAAGUCGUUAAAAAAUUCGGUUCUAUCGAAAAACUCAUCUUUGAAGAAACGUCUUGAAGAAUCGUUUGCCAUGUUAGAGAGAAACGAGGUAGAUUUGAAGAUUAUUCGUGGUUUGUGUGCUAACGGGAUCCCAUUUAAUGUAUUACGCAACCCACAGUUUACUGAAAUGGUGAGUGCAAUCAAGAAGGCGCCAGAUGGAUACAAACCCCCGUCUAGUGAAAAAGCGAGAACCACAUUACUUGACUCGUGUGUACGAGAUGUUGAGAAGGAGCUAACACCGGUCAAAGACACUUGGUACACACAAGGAGUGUCGAUCGUCUCGGACGGAUGGACGAAUGUCAAACAUAACCCAUUGAUUAAUGUUCUCGCGGUAAAUUCUCGUGGUGCCAUGUUUAUGCACGCGGGAGACUUCUUAGGGGUAGAUAAAAAGGCUGGGGUGAUUGCUAAGUAUCUUAUUGAAGCGAUCGAGACCGUUGGAUCAAGCAACGUGUUGCAAGUCGUAACAGACAAUGCGGCUAAUUGCAAAAAGGCCGGGCAAGAGAUCGAGAAGGUUGCAAAAACAAGAUUUGUGUCACAUUAUAUACUUUUGCGAAGGUUAUUGGAUUGUAGAGAAGCACUAGCCACUACUAUCGUCCUCAAUUCUUGGUGGGAUUGGAUGAAAAGUGGGGAUGAAAAGGCUAGAACAGAUGGGGCAAACAUCACUGAAACGAUUAAAGACGAAGGGUUUUGGGAAUCCGUGGAGAAUAUUUUAGCUAUUACAAAACCUAUUUUUUUGCUAAUCAAGUUUUGUGAUGGUGAAGGUCUUAAAAUGGGUGAAAUCUACGAAAAGAUGUACAACAUGGUUGGAGAAAUCAAAGAUGUUAUGAAGGAUAACAAAUAUGUAGGUUAUUUUGAGGAAAUUAAUCAGAUUGUUUUAGCUAGAUGGGAUAAAAUGUCAAUCCCACUUCAUUGUUUGGGGCAUGCUUUGAAUCCAAGGUUUUACGAUAAACAUUUUCUACAAAAGUUGGCACCCGGUGAUGUUAAAAGAAAAGCUCCGAACCUAGACGUGGAAGUUGCAAAUGGUGUUAUAGAAGUGUUAAAAAAAUCGGGGAAGAUGAAGAGGAACAAAGUAUGUUGCGGGCACAAUUUGCAACGUUUCAUAUGA